GGUGUUUCUGACGGACAGUUUACAAAGUUGCUACACAGGAAGUUUGCUUUGACAGCGAAGCGCAUAAUGUGUUCGUGUAUUUUGUAGCAAGCAAUUAUCUUUUCGGCUGCAAAUUCACAAGUUAGAAUACUUUCGUCACACAGAAAUCUUGAAAUUGAUGAUUAAACAGAAACGAAAAAUGUUCGCGGGGCUGCCUGAGCUCGGGAUAUCCAACGGCGAGGAUCUUAAAGAAACUCUCACCAACUGCACGGAGCCUCUGAAAGCCAUUGAUCAGUUUCAGAUGGAAAAUGGCAUCCUGCUGCCGACCCUCCAGUCUGCUCUUCCCUUCCUCGACCUCCAUGGAACGCCUCGGCUGGAGUUCCACCAGUCUGUCUUUGACGAGCUUCGAGAAAAGUUGACGGAGCGAGUCGCCACCAUUGCAGAGGGCAAGGACGAGGACAGAUACGGGAAGCUUGAAGAGCUGCUGGAGAAGAGCUUUCCCCUUGUCAAAAUGCCGUCCAUUCAGCCAGUGGUAAUGCAGGUGCUGAAGCAUCUACCCAAGGUACCAGAGAAGAAACUGAAGAUGGUGAUGGCUGACAAGGAGCUGUACAAGGUGUGUGCUGUGGAGGUGAAAAGGCAGAUCUGGCAGGACAACCAGGCACUGUUUGGAGAUGAAGUGUCACCCCUCCUAAAGCAGUACAUUGUGGAGAAGGAAGCAGCUCUGUUCAGCAGCGACCUCUCCAUCCUGCACAAUUUCUUCAGCACUUCUCCCAAAACAAGACGCCAAGGCGAGGUGGUCCUAAAGCUGACCCAGAUGAUUGGAAAGAACGUGAAGCUGUAUGACAUGGUGCUGCAGUUUUUACGAACACUCUUCCUGCGAACGCGAAAUGUCCACUACUGCACGCUGAGAGCAGAGCUGCUCAUGUCUCUUCAUGACCUGGACAUCAGUGAGAUCUGCUCUGUAGACCCCUGCCAUAAGUUCACUUGGUGUUUAGAUGCCUGUAUCCGUGAGAAGUUUGUGGAUGGCAAGCGAGCCAGAGAGCUGCAAGGUUUCCUGGAUGGAGUGAAGAAAGGACAAGAGCAAGUUCUUGGGGACCUGUCCAUGAUCCUGUGUGACCCGUUUGCUUGUAACACCCUGGUUCUGAGUAUUAUGAGGAACCUUCAAGAGCUGCUGAGUCAGGACGCUUUACCCAGGGACAGUCCAGACCUGAUGCUGCUGCUGAGGAUGCUGUCACUGGGUCAAGGGGCGUGGGACAUGAUUGACAGCCAGGUCUUUAAAGAGCCUCGUUUGGAUUUGGACGUGGUGACCCGCUUCCUGCCUGCCAUGAUGUCAGUGGUUGUUGAUGAUCACACAUUCACUGUAGAACAGAAGCUUCCCAGUGAGGAGAAGAGUUCGCUAUACCCCACCACUCUGCCAGAGGCCUUCAACAGGUAUCUGCAGGAGAACAGGGUGGCCUGUGAAAUGGGUCUUUACUAUGUCCUCCACAUUGCCAAAUUGAGGAACAAGAAUGCUUUACAGAGGUUACUACCUGCCCUGGUGGAGACCUACAAUGACAUGGCCUUCGGCGACAUCUUCCUGCACCUGCUGACUGGACACCUCACCCUGCUCUCUGAUGAGUUUGGAUCAGAAGAGUUUUGUUCAGUUGUUUUUGAUGGCUUCCUUCUGACUUCUUUUUCCAGUAAAGAGAACGUCCACAGACACACCCUCCGGAUGUUGCUGCAUCUACACCACAAAGUGCUGCCAUCAUACAUGGAAACCUUGCUGAAAACUCUUGAACCUCCAAAACAGAGCAGCGAGCCAGUGAAGGAACUGUACACCCAGCUGACGGAGAAGCUGGACGCCCAGAAGAAGAGCCCUCCACCACCAGAUGAAACUCCAUCCCUGGAUCUGCGGCUGCACCCAGUGACUGUCCCCACCACCGCCUCCACACCAACCACGCCUCUCUGAGACAGAGCAGAAACAGAGAGUUCUCCAUCAGUGACUGGCUGUAAAUACAACCACCAGUUGGCACGUGAAUUUAGUCUGGGCAUUUUACAUUAUUGUUUGUUGUAUGAUUGUUUGUUUGUCUUUGAGGGGGGUCUUCCAGCUCUGACAGUGUAAUUCAGCUGCCAACAAUUUUUCUUCAAGGGGGGAUCAUUACUUUUCUAAACUUUGUGCUCUUGAAGAAUUGUCCAAAUAUACAGUAUUUUCAUAUGUAAUUGGGCUAUCAGUGUGUUAUAUUUGAAUUGUCAGUAGUGCAACAAACCUGUAAAUAAAUGAUUAUUUAGAAA